AUGGCGAAUGUGAUAGGUGAAUCUAUAUACUUCCGUCCUGCCCGGCGCUUCCUCGCGGCUUCUGACUGGCUCUCGUCCGGAAGCCCAGCGAUUUCGUCGAAUCCUCAAUUCCUCAAUUCCUUCUUGGCCAUCUACGUUGCUGAUUCGCGGACUCUACGAUUAAUGCUGGUCAGGCUUGCCAGUCACCAGUCUCGUUCGGGCCCCAUUUUGAGCGGGCCCUCGCCGGUGGUACCAGGCGAGGCGCCCACCUCGAGCCCAUCGUCUCUCGGCACCAAUGACGGCCGUCCAGGCUGGACCGCCGACCAGACUGUGCCCAAUCUUGCAGUAGUGCUUCUGCUGCUCUGCAGGUGA